CAUUCGCUUUUUUCCGCUCGAGGCAAGCAAGGUUAAGGAGGUUGUAACAAGGUUAAUCCACUGAGUAGCACGAAGUAAAAAAAUCGAAUUACUCCAACUUGUGUGUGGGUGUGUAUGUGUGUGUGCAAAGCAGUACGUUCCAAAACAUUGCGCUAGUCCCUCUGUUUUCCGCCCCACCCAUCAUCAUCAUCAUCAUCAUCAUUGGAUGCCGUCAUCAGUAGAAGUAGCAGCGCAACAAAAAGAGGAAGGAAAAAAACACGUGGACCAGAGGUUUGGACCUGUGGAGUUGAGUUGAGAGGGCAAACAUGCAAACAGUUCACACGAGGUGAGAAGAAGUGGUGGGGUGGAAGGAAAACUGCAGAGUAGUUUGGGGGGAAAAGUGCGAACAAACAGAGAAAGUGGCAUUGUGGGGAAAGCUUUUGACGGGAAGGAGCAAGAAAAGAAAAAGAGUGAUACAGUGAAGCGGGGAAAAUAAAGAAAGGAAGGCGAAGCGUAAUAAACUCGAAAGGAGCGGAGAGAAGUGGUGUUGUGCUGAUACGAGAAGGAAAAGUGAAAUUUUCUUUGGAGUUUCUUUGUGACUGGUAAGGUUGAGUGACAAAAGUUGUCGGAUCUUUGGAGUUUCAUAGUUGAAAAAUUAAUAUAGUUGCUGUUUGAGUUCGUUUCCCACAAUCAUUGGAGGUUUCUUUUUUGUGCUCAUCCUACGACACUGAGCGCCUGAACGUGAUCUUUUGAAUGUUAGAGGAUAAUUCAAUUAUUUCAACUAGACUCCUCAGAAACAAAAUGCUGUGGAAUGUCCCGGCAAUAUGUUCACGUGCCCCAAAUCCUGCCAUCACCUCCGCGUCUUAGAUCUUCAUUUUUCGGGCUAAAAAUAAAUUAAGCUGUGCUCCCGGCGCCCCCCAUAAAAACUAGCGAUUAAGUCCGAAACAGUACAAAGGGAAAAGUAGCUUCAUCCGGUGCUGCUGGUUCGUCAGAACCAGUUUCUCGUCCGCCCUCCCCGAAUGGCGGGAAAUCCCGUGUCAUGAGCUGCUUAUAAAAGUGUGCACGCCGGAAUUCACCUCUAAAUAAAUUAAACUCAGCCCCCGUCCGAGAACGCCGCAGACAUGGUCCGGGAAAACCUUUCUCCGGUACGACAUCAUCAACAACACCGGCAUUCCUCGGGAGUAGAGUGACGCCCUCCGUGACUUUGUCCCCCAAGAAGAGACUUUGGAGCGGAUCCUUUCCUAGCGUAAACAUAAAAGUGUAAACAUAGCUUAUCUUAAUUAGUAAAGAGCAACAUUGUGAGAAAAAGCUCAACUUCCCCCACUCCCUACAAGGGGGGUUCUCCCACCCGCCAAGGACAAAAGAAGUCCCGGAGUGAAGAAAAAUUAAUUUUAUUACGGUCGAAACGAAAUUAGGCGUUGAUGCGGCCAAGAAACGACACAGUGACGAAGGACGACCAUCAGAAGACCUUGGCGUCGUCGUCGUAGGGGGGAGUGAGUAAGUGACGAGGAAGAAGAAGAAGGAAAAGGGUCCAGGAUCCACAGACGAAAUGGCCGGCGAGAAACAACAUAUCAGCUGCUUUGCGGUGGUGGCAUUCACGUACCUGCUGAUGGCGCUAAUAAAAUGUGCGCACGGAAUUGAUUGCUUCAAAUGUGUGUCGAUGAACGGCGCGAACAAGGCCUGCGACGACCCGUUCCACAACAACUACUCGACGGCCAUCCUGGAGUCGCCGUGCAUGGGCGGCCGGAAGGGCCGGGACGGGCUGUUUCCGGCCACAGCGUGCAUCAAAAUUGCCGGUUACUAUGAUGACACCGGCGAAACAAUCACCGUCCGAGGCUGCGCCCUGGACAGUGGCACGCUGACCACCGAUACGGAAAUCAUCCGGAUGUCCCACUGUGGUCGAUUCUUCUACGAUGACCGGUAUGUCCACGGUUGUCUGCAGAGUUGCAACGAUGCUGAUGCGUGCAACCACGGCACGAGGCCGGUGGGGUACGGGGGUCCCGGGCUGACGGGCUUGGCCGUUGCCAUGGCGAUGGUGGCGUUGAGUAGCGUGCUCUACCGUCGACGGACUCUGUUCCAGCAGGAGGCGCCGCUCGUCACCGGAAGCUAACAGAGCAUCGGGACUUAGCUACUGGCGUGUCGGCGGCCUGGCCGUAGGUCUUCGGACGGUGAUUUAUGAAAACAGCGCAAAGUCGUAGCGUUCCUCUAGUUAGGGUCGAGACCGGAAGAGUCUCUCGUCGAAUAGCCGUUCAACCGUGCUACACUAGCACGCG